GACUCUUUUUCUUCCUUAGACUCUCUAGAUUCUGCCUUAGACCCCGGGUUUUUCCAGCAUUUUUUUACAAAAUGGCCCCUCUUAAGUCUGUGCUUCUUGUUGGCGGCGCUGGCUUUCUCGGACUCCAUUUGGUGCAGCAGUUCUAUACGCACUGUCCCGACACGCAGAUCCAUGUUUUUGACAUCCGCCCGAUUCCCGCCGAAAUCUCCAAAUACUUCACGUUCGACCGCCUGAAGGUCACUUUUCACCAGGGCGACUUGACCCUGGAAAAAGACGUGCUUGCGGCGAUCAAUGCGUCCAAAUGCGAGGUGGUGGUCCAUUCCGCGUCCCCGAUCCACGGUAUGGCCCAGGAAAUCUACCACAAAGUCAACGUGGUGGGCACCAAAACGCUCCUCAAGGUGGCCCGGGACUCGCCGGUCCAGGCGCUUGUGUACACGUCGUCUGCAGGCGUGAUUUUCAACGGCGCCGACGUCUUCAAUGCCAACGAGUCGUGGCCAUACCCCGCCAAGCAUAUGGACGGAUACAACGAGACCAAGGCGGCGGCCGAGGAGGCUGUGAUGGCAGCAAACGAGCCAGGCCAGCUUCUCACGGUAUGCUUGAGGCCCGCGGGCAUUUUUGGGCCGGGCGACCGGCAGUUGGUGCCCGGUUUGCGCACAGCAGCACGGCUUGGCCAGCUGAAGUUCCAGCUCGGCGACAACGACAACCUUUUCGACUGGACGUACGUGGGCAACGUUGCGGACGCACAUGUGCUUGCCGCCGAACGGAUCUUGGACGCCCAGCACGCGCCGCGGUUGGGCGGCGAGACGUUUUUCAUCACCAACGACGCGCCCACGUACUUCUGGACGUUGGCACGCACGGUGUGGAAGGCCGACGGCCAUAUCGACAGCCACAACAUCAAGUUGCACUACCCGGUGGCGAUUGUCGCCGGGUACUUGUCGCUGUUUGUGUCGAAGCUCUUGAACAAAGAACCCGGGUUGACGCCGUUCCGGGUCAAGAUCACGUGUGCCACGCGUUACCACGACAUCACCAAGGCCAAGCAAGUGUUGGGCUACGAGCCGGCAGUGUCGCUUGAGGACGGCAUCCAGCACACUCUCGACUGGAUCUACGAGACACACAAGGACUAGGCUAGGGCAGUACGGCGCUAUGGUAGCAGGGCGCUAGGGGGCAUGGCACGGGCACGCAUGGUGGAUUCAUAGUGUAAAUAAGAGAUGUUCAGAACACGAAGUACGCAGCGGCGCCAAGCAUGGCGGCGGUGACCGCGAGCUGCGCCGUCAUACUCGACGAUCUCAUGGGCACACCU